GGCCGCGCGGCGAGAGCCGAGGACUCUCGGAGGAGUGAGAGAGAAAGAUACAGAAAAGGCCGCACUCGCUCGCUCUCGGGUCAAACUUCCCCUUGGCAGCCCCUCCACAGCCGGCUACGAUGUGUGUGUUUCUGUUUCUCCCACCGAGCUAGACAAGUAGACAGUUGAACGUCGCGAAGCGUUGUUGUCGCGCAGAGCGUAACGUAUCUGAGAGGAACGUCAGCGUCGUAUUUGAUUUCGGUGUGGAUCGAGGGUGCUUUGGCUUUGGAGCCACGAAUACAAAAUGUCGAGUGAACUGUAAAAGCUGAUAUCGUCCCAAGUUUCCUUUAUGUUUACCCACCAAUGCUGGGAUAUACUUCCUACAGGGAUUGGUCGCCAGGGGGCGCCACCGGCAUCGUCGGGGGGGUCGGUCAGCCGCACCACCCCCACCAGCAGUCGCACCACCCCCACCACCAGCAGCAGCAGCCGCAGCAGCAGCCGCAGCUGUCCGUCGUGACGACCGUGUGGGGAGUGAGCACGUCUGCGCAGGCGGGUCCCCACCUGGGGGGCGGGGCAGGCGGGUACGGGGGGGCGGGACCGACUCCGCCCCCGCCCUCGGGCCACGCCCCUCCCGGGGGCGGGUACCUCAAGGUGCAGCAGCAGCAGCAGCAUCACCAGGGGUACCAGGGACAGCAGCAAGGGUACCGGCAGAGCAUCGGUUCAGGAGUGGGCGGUUAUGGUCCGGGCAAUGUAAUGAACGGAGGUGGCGACGGCGGUUACGGCAACAGUAGCGCCCUCUCUACCGCCGCAAUGGUCGCCGCCGCCACCGCUACUGCCACCGCGACGGCGAGCGUCGUGGCGCUGCAAGAUACCUCGCAAUUUGGCCACCACCACCACCAGCAACAGCAGCAGCAGUACCAGCAGUACCACCAUCAGCAGCAGCAGCAGCGGAUGAUGAGCAUGCAAAAUGGGAUGAGCAUGCAGAGUAUGCAGGGAAUUCAGCACGGAGUGAUGGGAGGGCAGAUGGUGGGGCCCAAAAUGGGGAUGCAAGGAGCUGGACCAGGACCUAACCCUAACGCGAUGUACCCCAGACGAAUGACUCCGUAUCCCUCGCCUGGCAUGAUGACGCAGAAGCGACCCACCCAACAGAGCUAUCACAACCCCUGCCCCACCAUGAACCCCAACAUGAAUCCCAACAUGAACCCCAACAUGAGUCCGGGUAUGAGUCCCGGCAUGAGUCCCGGUAUGAGUCCGGGCAUGAGUCCGGGUAUGAGUCCGAAUUUCAAUCCGGGAGGACAGUAUCCCGGCUACGGUUCGAGGCAGCCGAGCUUCUCCCAGUAUCCUUCGCAACAGUCUCUAGGUCCCACGGGCAACUUCCCCCCCACCAGCAUGGUAUCCGCGGGCAACCCGCGCCAGCUGCGCCAAGCCACGCCCCCUUACGGCGCGCACGGCCAAUCGCCGGCGCAGCAGCAAUACUUCUCCAAUCAGCAGCAGUUCCAGUCGACGGCCGCGGGCGGCCAAUACGCCUCGGGCGGCAACGCUUCGGGCGGCCAGUAUCCGCCCCCCUCCUCGGCCAACGGCGGCGCUGCGUCGGCGCAGCAUCCCGCGCAGCAUUCUGCGCAGCAAUCGGCGCAGCAGUUCCAGCAGGACAUGGCGAUGCGCAACGGGAUGAGCUACCAGCACAGCCCGAUACCGGGCAACCCGACGCCGCCGCUGACGCCGGCUAGCGGGGUGCCGCCCUACGUCAGUCCUAAUCCCGAUGUCAAGCCGAACUUCAACGAACUGAAGCCGCCCAUACCGACGCAAAAAGACGACGAACUCAGGCUGACCUUCCCAGUGCGGGAUGGCAUCAUCUUGCCCCCCUUUCGCCUGGAACAUAACCUCGCCGUCAGCAAUCACGUGUUCCAGCUGAAGCCGACCGUGCACCAGACGCUGAUGUGGCGGCAGGACUUGGAGUUGCAGCUGAAGUGCUUCCACCAUGAGGACAGGCAGAUGAACACGAAUUGGCCGGCGUCGGUGCAGACGUCGUCCUAUGUGCAGGUAUCGGUCAACGCAACGCCUCUGAUGAUAGACCGAGGCGAGAACAAAACGUCGCACAAACCCCUCUAUCUGAAAGAAGUGUGUCAGCCGGGAAGGAACACCAUACAGAUAACGGUUUCUGCUUGCUGUUGUUCCCAUCUGUUCGUGCUCCAGCUUGUACAUAGGCCGAGCGUGAGGUCUGUUUUGCAAGGCCUACUUAGGAAACGGCUUCUGACUGCCGACCAUUGCAUAGCCAAAAUCAAAAGGAACUUCAGCAACACCAAUUCCGGCCCCAACAUCGAAAGGGACAGGGACGUGGUGGAACAGACGGCUCUGAAGGUGUCCCUGAAGUGCCCCAUAACCUUCAAGAGGAUCACGUUGCCUGCGCGAGGGCACGAGUGCAAGCACAUACAGUGCUUCGAUUUGGAGUCGUAUCUGCAACUGAACUGCGAGCGAGGCGCUUGGAGGUGUCCUGUUUGCAAUAAACCUGCCCAAUUAGAAGGCCUCGAAGUGGACCAGUACAUGUGGGGGAUACUGAAUACGCUGAGCUCGUCGGAGGUCGAUGAAGUCACCAUCGAUAAUUCGGCGAAUUGGAAGGCACCCAAAGGAAACGGGCCAACGAUAAAGAUGGAAGACGAAGGCACCGAUUCCUGCGGCGGCGGCGGCGGCAAACGCACCGUCAAGGCCAUGUCGCCGGGCAGCAUGACCUUGCCGACGAUGAACAAUUGGGACAUGCAGGCGAUGUCCCCGUACAUGUCGCCGGACAUGAACAGCAUCGCGAGCGGGUCGAUGAUCGGCGGGGCGCAGCCGGGUUACGGCCCCGCCAGGCACCAGCCGGUGGGCGGGGACAUGGGCGGGUACGGCGGGGGGAGCGGCGGUGGGAACGAUUAUCUGAGCGGCGGCGGGCCGUUGAGCCAUCUCAGCGAAUCGGUGAAUUCGUUGGACCCGUUGAACGCGAUGGAGAAGAGUCUGAACGAACAGAUGCCGCAUACACCGCACACCCCCCACACGCCUCACACCCCCCAGACUCCCGGCGGAGGGACGGGCGGCGGAGGCGGGACGGGCCCCCCGAGCGUGCCGCCUCCCACCUCCGAUGCGCAGAACGCAGGAGGCGGAGGGGGGGACGGCUCCUCCUCCCUGCCGGAGAUACCGUCCGAUCUCAAUUUCGAUCCUGCCGCCGUCAUCGAAGGGGAGGGGACCGGACAGGAAGCACUGAACUUGCUGCCCGACAGCGUCGACCCUAUGGAGUUGCUCUCCUACCUUGACCCGCCUGACCUCAACACACCGCCCUCUAGCGGCGGCAGCAGCUCCGGCCACGCCAACUCCAACACCAACGAUGACAUUCUCGCCCUCUUCGAAUAGAAAAAAAAGAGAGUUUCUAUAAAGACUUGUUCGAAUAAGAAGAAGAGACGACAUUCUCGCCCUGUUCUAAUAGAGACAAGAGAUAGACGAGUUUCUAUAAAGACUUGUUCGAAUAGAGAUGAGGUGCCGGAGGAAAAUGAUAGACGAGUUCCUAUGAAGACUUACCUGGCUAGACGCUUGACCGGUGACGUAAGCAGUGUUGUGCGAGGAUCGAUAUGUCAGAGUUUGUUCUGCAAUGGAUGGUUGUGGCAUAACCUCAUUGUUUGACGGUGGAGGAUAUUUUGCGGUUUUUCUCGCGGAUGAGAUUUGAUAAAUGGAUGGAGAAGACUCACCGUACAAAUUUCUUUUCUCUUUUGUUCUUCUUCCUUGUUGAUGAACGUGUUAUCAUUUUUCGGAAAAAUGCACUUUUGAAAUUGUGCCAUAACUUUGUGUUUCUUGGGAUUUUUCGGAUUUGAUAAAAGAAUGCUUUUAGCAAUCUCACAUGAGGAAUACGACUAUUCGAUCAGAUUUCAACGUUUCGGCUUUCUGAAACAAUCAUCAUCAUUCACAUAUUAUAUUUUCACAAUUUUGAAGAGAACCAUUCUUUUCCUUCCAAAUUACUUCAUGAGGAAAAUGUAGAUUAUUAUUUCAGAUAAAUAGAGGAGAAAAGAGGAUGUACCAUGAGUUUGUGUCACACGGUAAGUUAUGCAAUUAAGACGGGGAGGAAAAUGAGCAUGAAAUUAAUGAACAUCAUACUUAUUUUUCGAUGAUCUGUCGGAUUGGUUGUACAGAAAAGUGAAACGCCCUGUGUCGUGGAACAUUUGAGUGAACAAAGUGUGAUAACAAUAAACAAUGUAUUAAUAAUUGAAGAAAGGUCUAAAUCAAAUAUUUAAAAUUUGUAUAAAAUGUACAUAAUAUCAAAAAAGAUGGCGACAAGGGUUCGUUCUAUUAGUUCAGAAUGUUCGAGUAAUUAGGACAUUUUUUUUUACAAAAACGAGCUUUUUUCUGUGGUUUUUAUAAAUUUAAGGAAGCGUUUACAGAAUAUGCCGCAAGAUUUCGAGAAUAUGUAUAUAUAUUUUGAAAUUACGUCAAUUAUGUGUGCAUUUCACAGAUUCCAUCUCCCAUGAAAAUUACAUAUUCUGUACUAAUGGAACGUAACCCAAAACUAUGAUGGCCAGUCAAAACUAGUAUUAACUGAAACGUAGUAGAAAAUUUGGAACCAAAAUCUAGGUACCUACCGGGUAGCCACACUAAUCGAGCCACCCCUGAAACUUUCGAGUUCAACAAGUAGUUGUUCCACCCCUCCACUUUCACCUGCGUGACUCAGCUCACGAAAACGUCACAAAAACGUCGUUAAAACGUCACGAAUCCGUCAUGGAACGUUAAGAAUUCGUCAAAGCGUCGAAAAACAACUAAAAUGUCGCGAAAAUGACACAAGAGUUACUAAUGCGUUGAGCACGAGUGACGCUUUGUUAUUUAUUCGUCAAAACGUCGAAAAACGUCACGGAAACGUCGUGAGAACGUCACGAAUUCGUCAUUAAACGUCACGAAUUCGUCAAAGCGUAGAAAAACAUAACGAAAAUGUCGGGGAAAUGUCACAAAAGCAUACGUAACGCUUUUUUUCAUGCAUUCAUCAAUGCGUAUUUAACGUCACUAAAGUGUUGCGAAACUGCAACGAAACCGUCACAAAAGCAAUUUUAUGAAAUUUUUGUGUUUCGACGCUUUGACGAAUUUGUGAUGUUUUUGUGACCCGUGUCACGUUAUUUUAUACAGAAGUAAAGGUGUUAGAGUGUCAUGGAGUGUCGGAACAAAUUCUUCAACAUGAAUAAACUUCGAAAUUUCCAGAAAUCAAACAAAACUACUUGAAAGUUACAGGGGUGUCUCGGUUCUUGUAGACAAAUUGUCCCGACAAACUUUUUUGGGACACACCCUGUAUAUUUAAGUCUCUUUUGCAUCUCGAUGUGCAUAGGCUUCAAUUAUUAUAAUAUAAAAUAUAUGCUGUUAAAAAUUCUGUGAACCUUUCAAAUAAGCAUCAGACAGAACACUUUCAAUUGAGGCAUUACCUAUGAUAGCAAUACCGAGUGUUCAAAGACUUUCCUUCCUAUGUGGGUAUUUUCUACCUAUUUCUCGGAUCUUUUCAAUAUUUUUCCAAUGGAAAAAGCAACUAGUUCGAGUUUUUGUUCCUUGCUAUAAAGGGUGAUUUUUAAAAGAACGCUACAAAGUCAUUAACGCCCUAAUUUUAUCAUGCGAUUUUGAUGAACUGUAAAGUAAAGAGUUUAUCAACUUAUUGUUAGCUCAUUCAAAAUCGGUAAAUGAAAAUGACUUUGACUCGUUUUUUUGGUUACCACUCUGUAUAUUACCGAUCUGAAGACGGUCGCGAGUAUGGAUGAACAUCGACAUUUUUUAUCAUUUUAUGCAUGAUAACAGAUGAACUGAGAUAACUGAUAAAAAAACAGAGGAGUAAGUAUUUAAACACUUGGUUUAUUACUUGUUUAAUUGUAAUUUAUCGAUAUACCUACAGUUUGCUGAUUAUAAACAAACAACCACACAAGAUUUUUAUUUGUUGAGAACUCUGAUAAGACUGUGAUAAAGUUUAAUUGUAAGUAUCUUUAACAUAUUCAAUUAUUGUAUAUUGAAAGUAAUAAAUAAACGUCAUUGAAUUUUAGCGAAAAAUAUUGUUAUAUUGUGGAUUUUGUGUAAGUAUUAUUUAAAUUGCAUGUGAUAAAAAUAUAUUUUGGUGAAAAAGUGAUGUGUUUUAUUUAUUUACCUAAAUGUGUCUGUCUGUUAGUUCUUCUGACAUUUUUUGGUCCAAGUUCCUAUCAUUAUCACUCCAUGCAUAGUACACAAGGUUCACACGAAUUGUUAAGUAGGUUAUUUUCGCCAACCGAAUAAUCGAUUCUAAAAUUUAGAUAACUUGUAUGUUGUGUAAGGUAGAAAAGUAUUCAUAGGAAGUUUACACUUUUACAUUAAAUUUAUCGUUUUUUUGAUAAAUAAACCAUCACUAACCGCUUCCAGUUGUAAACUUUUCAUGAAUAUCAACCAGUAUAAAAUCGUUGCCAAUAAUUUGUUUUUUUAUAUCUGGGAUUUUUUUUUUCAUGAUCAACGAUAAUUAUUGGAAAAACGAUAGUUAGUAAAUUUCCUUAAUAUUUUCGAAUACGGACCUGCAUUUUUAUAUUCUGUUCUCUGGGAGGACACCCCAUUUUGCAAAAUAUUCUUCCAGACGUUUCGGCAUGGACUAUCCUUCAUCAGAGAUCUGAUAUUUUGUUAAUAAUUUCAUCAGUUAUCUGGACCAAUAUAUAAUUGCAUAUCAUUUAUUUUUUUAAUAAUCAUUGGACCAAUAGUUACUUCAACUUUGAUGAAUUUCGGGUAGCAGCUGAUUAUUGGCAAUUUUAUAUUAGUUUUGUAUGAAAACUUGAUUGACACAAAUCAAAUUAUUUCGGCAUUCAAUGAAUGUAAGUAGUUAUAUACAUGCGAUUAUAGAAGAUUUAUUUCAACUAGUUGAUGUAAAUAAAUAUAUUGUACAUUAUUGAUUGAUGACUAUUCUUCCUUUAUUAUUCAAUAACCUAAUGCAUCCAUCCAAGAUAAUACAUUUUUUGUUUGUCCGAUGUAAAUUUGAACUUGAAUAUACAAGGUGUUUUUGAAAUAAAAAAUGCACAUAUUCAACACAUUAAUAUGAUACAGUCUAAGGAAUAUUCCCAUGAUAUCAGAUUUUUUCUAAUUCUUCUAAUUAACGAGAAAUUUCAUCCCAAAAAUUGAAAAAAAAUACGAGAAAAGAAUCGAGAGUACGCCACUUUGAAACAAUUUAAAUGAUUGAACUCCGCGUGAUUGUGCCUACGGCUUGGAAAUUUGAACAGAGGUGACGUCAGAUUUGAUAUAGUGUAGAACUUUGGGUGGAAAGAGGGUUCUAACCUCAAAUUUUAUUUUGAUCCAUAAAUUUCUUUCAUUAGUGCCAUUCGAUAUACUACACGUCGAGCUUUCUCAGUGUUUGAAAUAUUUGCACUUAUUUCAAUGCCACCCUGUAUAGAGUACUUACCAAAUUUUUUAUCAACUGAAUUCAAUCAUAUUUCAUGAUUUCUGAUUAUUAUAUUAUGUUGCUGGUUUAUCCUGUGUUUUGUGCAAUUAAUAAAAUCUAGACUGACAUAGUUUCAAUAUUACUGAAUUAUUUUCUGUAAGAUAUAGCCUGCUCCUUUAUUUGUUCAAGGAGAUGGUUUAAAAAAGUCAGAGCAAAGUGAGGAAGAAAAUUCCUAGUUUUUUCCUUUCCAAACUAGAAAGCUCUGAGGUUCAUUUACUCCGCACUAGGGCAUCUUUUAAGAACCCUGUAUACAAAAUUCGAAGGCCCUACGACAAAGUUGAUUUGUGCGUCUGAAAAAGAAACAACCUUAACCCCUUUGAACUUUGUUAUAUAUAUUAGUUAUAUAGAUGACCGCUACGGAGCGUAGGAGGUUGAAAUAUGAGGAGCAGGACAAGAGAAUGAGUGUGGAGAAGAAAACAUAUAUGUGGAUAAAAUACAUACGUGAACCAACUCAGUUGUGCUGUACAAGAAUCUGAAGUCACGUUUUCUUCUAACUCCAUCAGUUUCCCAAAUAUUCGCAUUCGAAAAAAAAUUAUGGAAGGGUGUCAAAAAUUGUUUUUUUUUUCUAUAAAAGCUAGAGAGCUGUGCAUACCACAUUUGAAUGCCCUAUAUAUAUAUGACAAAAUUGAUUUUUGGGUCAGAAAAAGAAAAACUCCUUUGAACUUUUUACUUAUUUAUUUCGUGGUGCCAUAAGCUGAACAAGAAUCUGAAGUCAGUGGUGCCAUAAGCUGAACAAGAAUCUGAAGUCAGUUUACUUCAACCUCUCUCAGUUUCCCACAUGUUCGCAUUAGAAAAUAAAUCAGAGAAGUGUAAUCAAAAAUUUUCUACUUUUUUUCUAUAUAAACUAGAGCUGUUCUUCUACUCCGCACUAGGGCACCCCUUAAAGACCCUGUAUACCAAAUUUGAAGGACCCUAAGGAGCGAGCCUAAAGGUAUGUUCAUGCUUGUACGAAUUCCGCAAAAUUUAUGCGAUUCGCAAAAUAUGAAAUGCCAACAGAAUUCGACGUUCAUACUCAUGCGACAAAAUAACCUGAAGAUAAGGGUUCUGUUGUCAUAUGAUUUCUUUAUUUCUGGUCCCAUCAUUGAUAGAAGUGCAUCAAAUUCAAGGCACGUUACACGAAAUUGAAUUGAAAUAUUUAUUAGGAUAAUUCAGUCGCAUUUAUCGAACGAGGCUGUACUAAAUCUCUAUUCAUUUUUUCGGCAUUUGAAAAUGCUUCGAACAGUACAGCUCCUUUUUUUGCUUCUGGAUACAUCAUUAGUUCUAGAGAGACGAUACAGAUGAUACUUCAAAAUUAACUAACAGAGAAUCCAUCCUACGAAGAAAAUUUUAGUCAAAUGAAAUGAUGAAAUUUUCAAUUAUAAUUCUGUACUUUCCUGUAGUCUAGUGUCUAUUCGGCCUCUGCUGUCCGCCCCCUCUAAUUCCCCAAUUUUGAUGUUAUCAUAAUAACAAAAUAUCAUAUGUGGUCAUGAUUCCAUCCGAAUUCGUAAAAAAGUUCAAAUAUUUCAACUUCAUUGCGAUAUUCGCAGUCGCCAUUUUAUUCGCAUAAAUUUUGCGGAAUUCGCACAAGCAUGAACAUACCUUAAAGGUGAUAGUUGAUACAGCAAAUAAAAAUAAAAUAAGAAAGUUCAACAUGGGCAUUUCCAUUGAACCGUUCAUAUGAAUAUGAGGAAUUGAGUCAAGAAUAAGAAUUAGAAUAAAAUAAAAGAUGACCAACAUUUAUCUCUUUAUUUUAUUCAGAAAAUAAUAAUAAUGCACAUGACCCAAAUAAAUUCUGUCACAGAAUCUCCAUAGAACAUGAAACGUCAUUGUCAUUGGAUUGGUUGAUUUCUUAAUUAUAAUUUCAUUAUCAUUUGUAUAAACAGCGGAUUUUAUUCCUUAUUCUUUAAAUUACCUCAUCUUAUAGUUAUUUAUGUAUUAAGGGAAUUAUGAGAGGCCCUCGGGACAGCAAUUGCCAGAGGUUAUUAAGGCUCUAUAAUUCCCGUGAUACAUAGAUAAUUUUAUUUCUGACUGAUUUCAUUCAUUAAAAGAUACCUUCCCGCAUCCAGUGACUCUAGUUUCAAUGUCAUCAGAACGUCAGAUGAUGAUCUUGACUACCGCGAAUAGGAGAUUCCUUAUUGCUACGUUAUUGCCUGGUUGUUGCUAUGCAUUUCUUAUUUAAUUUUAGCUAGAGGGAAUUAUACCAUCUAUAACAUCCCAAGGGAGUUAUGACCCUCCUAAUUGAUAGUGUAACUAAGAUGAUAUAAGCUUAUAAUAUACCAGUCAGAAAUAAUAGUUAUUUAUGUAUUAAGGGAAUUAUGAGGGCCUUAAUUACCGAUGGCAAAGUUUGCGUCCCGAGGGCCUCUGGCCCGAGGGACAGCAAUUGCCAGAGGUUAUUAAGGCUCUAUAAUUCCCGUGAUACAUAGAUAAUUUUAUUUCUGACUGAUUUCAUUCAUUAAAAGAUACCUUCCCGCAUCCAGUGACUCUAGUUUCAAUGUCAUCAGAACGUCAGAUGAUGAUCUUGACUACCGCGAAUAGGAGAUUCCUUAUUGCUACGUUAUUGCCUGGUUGUUGCUAUGCAUUUCUUAUUUAAUUUUAGCUAGAGGGAAUUAUACCAUCUAUAACAUCCCAAGGGAGUUAUGACCCUCCUAAUUGAUAGUGUAACUAAGAUGAUAUAAGCUUAUAAUAUACCAGUCAGAAAUAAUAGUUAUUUAUGUAUUAAGGGAAUUAUGAGGGCCUUAAUUACCGAUGGCAAAGUUUGCGUCCCGAGGGCCUCUGGCCCGAGGGACAGCAAUUGCCAGAGGUUAUUAAGGCUCUAUAAUUCCCGUGAUACAUAGAUAAUUUUAUUUCUGACUGAUUUCAUUCAUUAGAUACCUUCCCGAUUGGAAGUUAGACAUGUUUUUCCGUAUAGUUUCAAUGUCAUCAGAGCGUCAGAUGAUGAUCUUGACUACCGCGAAUAGGAGAUUCCUUAUUGCUACGUUAUUGCGUGGUUGUUGCUAUGCAUUUCUUAUUUAAUUUUAGCUAGAGGGAAUUAUAGCAUCUAUAACAUCCCAAGGGAGUUAUGACCCUCAUAAUAGAUAUCGUAACUAUGACGAUAUAAGCUUAUAAUGUCACUGUCAGAAAUAAAUUCCUUUUAUUUCAUUUUGAUUGAUGUAUAAACCCACCUUAAUUAUAACCUUACUCGGCCUAGAUGGCCCUUUCCUUGAAAAGUAUAUAAAAAAAAAAGGUAAUGAACAAGCCAACACACGAUAUUUCUUCUUUCUUCAUAUUAUAUAAAACUUUCGAAUAACUUUGAUAGCUCAAGCUCCGUUGGAUUUACAUCUGACUUCAAUGGCGGUGGCUCGUGUUCAACUGCCUGCGCUGCGUGGAGUCUAAAGUAAUUUUUCGAAAGAAUAUACUUUUCAGAAAAAAGGUUCAUUGAGGCCGAGAAGUCAAAAGUAGUUAUUCAUGCAGAAACGAAAUUUUCCUUACUCAUUAUACCUUAUAACACUCAGAUUUUCCGCUUUGAUUUUCACCACUAAUGAUUGUGACUAACACGAGUAACACGUGCUAACACCGAC